AUGGGCAUGGCAUGCGACGUCGAGGGCCGUGCCGUGACGGGCGGCCACGAGGUAUUGCUACCGAAAACAAACCAUCUCCGGCGAAACGUCCAGUCCAAUGCGACAACGACAGAAGCAGAGACGUCGGGUCUGAAUCCAGAGGAGACAGCAAUGAUCCUCACGAGUUUAAGCAAAGGCUUCUCACCUGUGCAGACAACGACACGUUAUUCGGUCAUGGAGGCAGUCGACGAUAUGGCCGAGUUAUCCAAUGACGACGACGACGAACAAGAAGCGUCACAACACCAUUGUCCAUUUCUCGCCGCAGGUGCUACCGCGAGUAAGAUGCAACGCGUGCAGCAGAUCAAUUUCGACGGUCCGCGAGGCAGCAAGCUGGACUUUACCGAUGACGCUGGCUUUAGUCAUCGCUUUCGAAACGAGAGCAAUCGCGUCAAGAGUUUGGUGACCAAACACAUUUCUAUUGAUGAGCUGCGGGUGCACUUUGACCGCCCGAUUAUCGACGUCGCCAAGGACUUUGGCAUCUGCAUUACGCUCAUGAAGAAAAUCUGUCGUCGAAACGGUAUCAAGCGGUGGCCACACCGUCAAAUCCGGUCGCUGUCGAAAAGCAUUGCGUCCAUGGAGGCUGCGAUGCUGAGUGCGCAUGGCAAUGAGCGCGAUAAGUACCGCGACCAGAUCAUCAACUUAAAAAUGAAGCGCGAGGCGGUGAUCGCAGAACCGAACAAGGACAACUCUAUUCGGCCCAAGACGUGCUCACCACCCUUGAUCAAUAGUGUUUCCAUCGACCAGACAAUACGUGCUCGCCAACUUCCGCUGAGCAUCCACGUAUCUCCACGACCCGUGUAUGCCACUCAUGCUUCGCCGCAGACGAGCAGUGCUCCCGUCACACCAACUGUCAAGAUGGAAAAGCUGAUGGUGGGUCUUCCAGGUCCAACUCCACCGUCGAGCACAUUCACCACUGGUCCCUCGAAAGGAGGACGCUGGACGAGCGACGAGCACGCUGCUUUUCUCGAAGGCAUUCGCUUGUACGGGAAAGACUGGCGACGCGUAGCUCAAGUGGUCAGGACACGCAGUGCAGUGCAAACGCGCACGCACGCCCAGAAGUAUCUGUUGAAGUUUGCUGGGCGUUUUCCCUUUGACACGGAUAGUAUGCUGAAGCGUCAGCCGCCGCCACCGGUACCGUCGCAGCCUAUGCCCUGUGCACCGGAAACUGUCAACAAGCUGGGCACACCCACAUUGAGUCCAACGUCGGAACUGGGAUCAAGUGACGCUGCUGCAGCGACGCCUUCAAGUGACAAAAACUUGACUUCUGGAUCGUGGAACUCGUUCGAGAACGACCCUCAAGAAUCAGUGCAGCACUCCGAACGUCCAUAUGUGACUUUGGACAGCAGCCGGUUGCAACUCGAGUCAGAGGUCGUGUCUCUCGAACGAGAAAACGUCCGCGCGCCUGUGCUUCCGCCUCUGUCGUCCCACACGACGUUCGAAGCGGAACGAACAGCAUCUGCUGCGUUCCAGCCCCACUCACAUCCACUAGAAGCAGCGCCAGCCCCGUUCCAGUACCUGCGCUGCAACAACAGCAGAGUGCCCUAA